AUGCAUUUUGUAAUCAUUCAUCAUAGACACUUUCAUUCUGCAUUGCCUGCAUUAUUUUUUGUUUUUGUAUUAGAAACUGUCAUCCCUGUAUGUCCUCCUGCCUGUGGUACAGCUAAGUAUAGUGCAGCAGCUAUAGUAACAUCCAGUAGUGCAGCGUUACUUAUUAUGUUCAUCAUAUACAUGUUUAGACAACGUGAAGCAAUACCUCCACCUUCAACAGAGAAUGAUAAGACUCCUCAUCCAGAACAAAUUACUGGUUCGUCCAAUAAAGAGAAUUUAAGAAAGAAAAAUGAAAUAAAUAUUGCAAGAGUUAAGAGCGGUAAGACAAAGAAACCGAUAAAAAACGGAAUCUUUGGCAGAAACCUGUCUCUCCGAACAACACAAGUUCAAAGAAAGGUCACAGUGAGUCGAGUGAGUCGGAUAUAUGUAAAUGUGGAAUUGGAUGAUGAUUCUGACAUGGAUUGCACUUCCGACAAUGAAGAUAAUUACGCAGAAUGUAUGUUUUGUUUGAGACUACUCAGAGGAUAUCAGAGGCGAAAAAUGGAUAAGAUGUUACCAGUGUCUUAA